AUGGACUUCAAAAAAGUAAAUAAUACUGAAUCAAAACAUCCUUUUUUAACAUCAGGAACAGCUACAUCAGCUACAAAAAAAGCUUCAGCUGCUAAUAAAAAAUCGGUUACAGCAACUCCAGCUCCACCAAAAGCUGAAAAAGCUGAAUUAACUAAAAAACCAGCAACUACAACACCAGCUCAAACAAAACCAAAGGCUAGUGCACCAAGUACUAAAUCAACAUCAUCAUUGGCUAAAACAUCUACUAAAGUUACUAAAAAAUCGACAGGAUCAUCAAAAAGUGGUGCUAAAAAAAAACAUAAGGCUAUUAAAUAUUAUAUUGAUUGUACACAUCCAGUUGAAGAUGGUAUUUUUGAUCUUAAUGCAUUUGAACGAUUUUUACAUGAAAAAAUGAAGAUCAAUGGUAAAACAUCAAAUUUAACUGAUGUUGUUGGUAUUGAAAAAGCUAAAGCUAAAAUAUCUGUUACAUCAGAAGUUCCUCUUUCGAAACGCUAUAUGAAAUAUUUAACAAAGAAAUUCUUAAAAAAACAUGAACUUCGUGAUUGGUUACGUGUUAUUGCUAAUUCAAAAGAUGCUUAUGAAUUACGCUAUUUCAAUAUCAAUCAAGAAGAAAAUGAAGGCGAAGAAGCUUAA